AACUUCCGGUAGAGCCGGAAGACCUUCUCCCUCACGGUUUCCAGAGGUUCACCUCAACCGCUCCCGGAGGGGAGAUCUAGGGCAGUCCUGGUCUCUCCAGGGUGUCUGGUUCAGGACUUGUCCUUGGCGCCAUGGGUGUGAUAGGUAUACAGCUGGUCGUUACCAUGGUGAUGGCCAGUGUCAUGCAGAAGAUUAUACCUCACUAUUCUCUUGCUCGGUGGCUACUCUGUAAUGGCAGUUUGCGGUGGUAUCAACAUCCUACAGAGGAAGAAUUAAGAAUUCUUGCAGGGAAGCAGCAAAAAGGGAAAAGCAAAAAAGACAGGAAAUAUAAUGGUCACAUUGAAAAUAAACCACUAACCAUUCCAAAGGAUAUUGACCUUCAUCUAGAAACAAAGUCAGUUACAGAAGUGGAUACUUUAGUAUUACAUUACUUUCCGGAGUACCAGUGGCUGGUGGAUUUUACGGUGGCUGCUACAGUGGUAUAUCUAGUAACUGAAGUCUACUAUAAUUUUGUGAAGCCUACACAGGAAAUGAAUAUCAGCUUAGUCUGGUGUCUUCUGGUUUUGUCCUUUGCAAUCAAAGUUCUAUUUUCAUUAACUACACACUAUUUUAAAGUAGAAGAUGGCGGUGAAAGAUCGGUUUGUGUCACUUUCGGAUUUUUUUUCUUCGUCAAAGCAAUGGCCGUUUUGAUUGUAACAGAGAAUUAUCUGGAGUUUGGACUUGAAACAGGGUUUACCAAUUUUUCAGACAGUGCAAUGCAGUUUCUUGAAAAGCAAGGUUUAGAAUCCCAGGGUCCGGUUUCAAAACUUACUUUCAAAUUUUUCCUGGCUAUUUUCUGUUCACUCAUUGGGGCUUUUUUGACAUUUCCUGGAUUACGACUGGCGCAAAUGCAUCUGGAUGCCCUGAAUUUGGCAACAGAAAAAAUUACACAAACACUACUUCACAUCAACUUCUUGGCACCUUUAUUUAUGGUUCUGCUCUGGGUAAAACCAAUCACCAAAGACUACAUUAUGAACCCUCCAUUGGGUAAAGAAAGUGUUCCUUUAAUGACAGAAGCUACAUUUGAUACUCUGCGACUGUGGUUAAUAAUCCUGCUGUGUGCCUUGCGGCUGGCCAUGAUGCGUAGUCAUCUGCAAGCAUAUUUAAACUUGGCCCAGAAAUGUGUGGAUCAGAUGAAGAAAGAAGCGGGCCGAAUAAGUACAGUUGAGCUACAGAAAAUGGUGGCUCGAGUCUUUUAUUACCUUUGUGUCAUUGCCCUGCAGUAUGUGGCACCUCUGGUAAUGCUGCUUCAUACAACUCUGCUUCUGAAAACCCUAGGUAAUCAUUCCUGGGGGAUCUAUCCUGAAUCUUCCUUGCCAGUGGAUAAUAGUCUGCACUCCAACUCUGUUUACUCCGAACUACCCUCCACUGACGGGAAGAUGAAAGUAACUGUUACGCAAAUAACAGUGGCACUGAGCAGCUUAAAAAACAUUUUCACUCCUCUCCUCUUUCGAGGACUCCUGUCGUUUUUGACGUGGUGGAUUGCUGCUUGCCUUUUUUCUACAAGCCUUUUUGGGCUUUUUUAUCACCAGUAUCUGACUGUGGCAUGAAUCUCAGUUAACAAAAAACCAGAAGGAUAUCCACAUCACACUUUGAAUUCAGAUAUUCGGACCCUUAAAAGGCUGAUUAAAAACCAGAAGAAAGCAAAUACAAAGAGUAAAAAACCAUAUCAGAGUAUCUUAUUUUAAAUGCUUCCUCUGUAUUCUCAGGGUGAAAUAAUGUUGUAAUAUUUAAAAUCACAGGAUAGAUUGUUCACUGUUACACUGUGGCAUUGAGAUUUUAACUCAUUGUAUUAACCAGCGUGAGAGGCUAUCUGCAGAGGUAAUACGUGUGAUUACCUUGGUUUACGGAAACCUCGGCAGGUUUUGAAACUUCUCAUAUGACUCCAGUUAUUGAUUGCUCUUAAUGGUAUUAAGGUACUCUUAGUAGUCAUGGUGGCUACCUGUAGAACAGUCUUCAAACUGAGCCAAGCUUAGGGGAAGGAAAUGAACUUAAGUCACUUCUGUUGAUGUGUCGCUCUUCAGACAACAACAAACUCCAACAGAAAGGAAGAGAUAGCUGCUGUAUAUUACAGUAAGGUAAACUACGUAGUUACUUUAAAUUUAACGGUGAUGUUCAUGCUUGUUGUCUACCAGUACUGCUGCUUGAGAGUAGCAAGAGUAUUGUUUUAAAUUGUAUUCUACCAACUUGAGAGUUCUAAAAUGAUUAUGUGUAUGAACAUUUGCAAUCUUGCUAUUGGGUUUGGGCCUGCCUGCCAUAUUUUAUUUUGUUCAGUGAUCCUACAUAGUUCCUUUUAAUAGUCUAAAAAUAUUUAUCAAUACUGAGCAGACUUUUUAAAAAUUACUUUGUAAUCCUGCUGACUACCUGUAUGUAUUGUACAUAUAUUAUAUAUUAAAUAUAUAAUAUAUUGAGGCUAUAAAAGAUGAAAAUAUUGGAUCCUUAUAUUAUAAGUUGCUGAAUGUAUGUUAAAAAGUGAUUUGAAUGGGAUGUAUUUGUAUCUAGAAAUUUUAUUUGUUGGGAAUGAAAUUAAAAUACAUUUUGAAAGUUCAACA